GCCAAACUCAAACUUUAUCAGGACCCGGAGGUCUCAGGCUAAUUCCGAGGGCCGGGCCUGUUGGGCUUUUCUGCACACCAGCCGGGGCAGCGAGCCAACAUGAGCCAAGUUCUGUUCCACCAACUAGUCCCGUUGCAGGUGAAAUGCAAAGACUGUGAGGAGAGGGUCUCUGUUGCCCAGGCUGGUGUGCAGUGUGUAUUGGCUCACUGCAGCCUCUGCCUACCAGGUUCCAGCAUUUCUCCCACCUCAGCCUCCCAAAUAGCUGGGACUACAGGAGAGUAAGUAUAAGAAUGAGCAUUGAACUACAAUCAGUUUCUAAUCCAGUUCACAGAAAGGACUUAGUUAUUCGUCUGACUGAUGACACGGAUCCAUUUUUUUUAUAUAACCUUGUUAUAUCUGAGGAAGAUUUUCAAAGUUUAAAAUUCCAGCAAGGUCUUCUGGUAGACUUCUUAGCUUUCCCACAAAAAUUUAUAGAUCUCCUUCAGCAAUGUACUCAAGAACAUGCCAAAGAAAUUCCAAGGUUUUUGCUACAGUUAGUUUCUCCAGCAGCUAUUUUGGAUAACUCACCUGCAUUUUUAAAUGUGGUAGAGACAAAUCCUUUUAAGCAUCUUACACACCUCUCACUAAAACUUUUACCUGGAAAUGAUGUGGAGAUAAAGAAAUUUCUCGCAGGCUGUUUGAAAUGUAGCAAGGAAGAAAAAUUAUCAUUGAUGCAAUCACUAGAUGAUGCUACUAAGCAACUGGACUUUACACGGAAGACAUUAGCAGAAAAAAAACAAGAAUUAGAUAAGUUACGGAAUGAAUGGGCGUCACAUACAGCAGCCUUGACAAACAAGCAUUCUCAGGAACUGACAAAUGAAAAGGAAAAAGCCUUGCAGGCACAGGUUCAAUAUCAACAGCAGCAUGAACAACAGAAAAAAGAUUUAGAAAUCCUCCAUCAACAAAACAUCCACCAGCUACAAAACAGACUGUCUGAGUUAGAAGCGGCUAAUAAAGACUUAACCGAAAGAAAAUAUAAAGGAGACUCCACUAUUAGAGAACUUAAAGCAAAACUUUCUGGUGUUGAAGAGGAGCUACAGCGGACUAAGCAAGAAGUCCUCUCUUUGCGAAGAGAGAAUUCUACACUAGAUGUUGAAUGCCACGAGAAAGAAAAGCACGUUAAUCAGCUGCAAACAAAAGUGGCAGUUUUAGAACAGGAAAUCAAGGAUAAGGACCAGCUUGUUUUAAGAACAAAAGAGGCAUUUGAUACAAUCCAGGAACAAAAGGUGGUUUUAGAAGAAAAUGGUGAGAAAAAUCAAGUACAACUAGGAAAGCUUGAAGCUACAAUAAAAUCAUUAUCUGCAGAACUUCUGAAGGCAAAUGAAAUUAUCAAGAAGUUACAAGGGGAUCUGAAAACUUUAAUGGGUAAGUUGAAAUUGAAGAAUACAGUUACUAUUCAGCAAGAAAAACUCUUGGCUGAGAAGGAGGAAAAAUUACAAAAGGAACAAAAGGAAUUACAAGAUGUUGGACAGUCUCUUCGAAUUAAAGAACAAGAGGCAUGCAAAUUACAAGAACAAUUAGAAGCUACAGUUAAAAAACUUGAAGAAAGCAAACAACUUCUAAAAAAUAAUGAAAAGUUAAUCACGUGGUUAAAUAAAGAACUAAAUGAAAAUCAGCUAGUGAGAAAGCAAGAUGUAUUGGGACCUUCUACUACUCCGCCUGCACAUUCCAGCAGCAACACAAUCAGAAGUGGAAUUUCUCCUAACCUGAAUGUGGUUGAUGGUAGACUGACUUACCCAACCUGUGGGAUUGGUUAUCCUGUCUCCUCUGCAUUUGCAUUCCAGAAUACCUUCCCUCAUUCGAUAUCUGCCAAAAAUACCAGCCACCCUGGUUCAGGAACAAAGGUUCAGUUUAAUUUGCAGUUUACAAAACCAAAUGCAUCACUAGGAGAUGUUCAGUCAGGAGCAACUAUUAGUAUGCCUUGCUCAACUGAUAAGGAAAAUGGUGAAAAUGUAGGGUUGGAAUCCAAAUACCUGAAGAAAAGGGAAGAUAGCAUUCCUUUACGCGGACUCAGCCAGAACCUAUUUAGUAAUUCAGACCAUCAGAGAGAUGGCACUUUAGGAGCAUUACAUACAUCUUCCAAACCCACAGCGCUCCCCUCUGCGUCUUCAGCCUAUUUCCCUGGGCAGUUACCAAACAGUUAAUUCUAGUGUCAUGUUUUACUUUUUAUUGGUAUUUUAGAAACUCAGGUGCUUAAAAAAUUAUGUCAACACAAACCAGAUCCUCAAAUAGCAAGUUUCAAAUUUUACUUGAGCUGUUAAAGACUGGAUACUUUAAGUACUGCUAUCUUUUAUGGCAGUUUAUAAUAUAGGAACAAAUUUGUACUUGGGGAUUGGUAAAGAUUGUGAGUAAAUGACAUUUUUUGGUUUGUGAACAUGGCGUUUUAUAGAAUAAUAUGAAUUUUAUUAAGCUAUUCUUUAGAAAUUCAGUUCUAAGGAAAGAGUUGAUCCUUAUGAGGGAGAUUCUGAUCAUAUUAAAAAUCUGGGUAAACUAAAACCUGCUCAUAACCUCAUAGUAUGCAACCAAAGAAUACUAAUUCAUUUUAUCACUUUCAUUGGUAAAACUUUUAAAUUCAACACCUGAAAAUUAUGAGGGAAAAUGAUUACUUCGAGAUAUAUUAUUGAUGACAUUUAAAGGGAAAAGUCCUAAAUUUACCUUAAAUAACUGAAAUGAAUUAAGCCUUCAUAGCAUAUUUUCCUUGAAGCAUUUAAAUUUGCUAGUGAUGAAUCAAAUAAAUUUGAUAUACUUAAAAUAAUUUGGACAGUUUUUAUGUGACCAGAUUAAAGUGCUUUAGUCAUUUGAGCUGACAAGUUUUUAAAACUUCAGUGCUUCCUAAAUGUUUAUACUCAUCUAGUUUUUCUCAAUUUGUAGUUUUAUUAUGCAGUUAAAUCUGUAUCAGUGGACUUUUAAAACUUGGUAAUACUACUAAAUCUACUAUAUCAUGAAUAUUCAUUUAUUUUUAUAGUAUCAGAACUUGGGUUGAUUUCAAUGUUAAUAAACUAGGCAAAACAAAUAACUGUUAGAAGGUACAAUUUUCUUCUCUUCCCUGUAACUGAAAGUUUUAAGAAUUUUUCCUUGGGGAAAAAUUUUUUAAAAAUUCACCUAGAAUCAUAGGGCCUCAUUUUGUUUUCUUAUUGACAAACAAUACCUGGUAGCAUUCUCUAAAGAGUCUUCUAGAUCAAUUUUUAUAAAGUACUAAUGCUCAUGUGAUAAUUUAAAAUUAUUUUCAACUACUUUAUUACACAGAUGAAGAAACAUUUCAAGAUAUUAAUGAUGUAAUAACAUUACUGAGUACCAUGGUAAGAAAGAAUCUGCUAAUUUUUUUUUUUAACGAAGCCAGUAUCUUGAAACUAUUGGCAAUUGCAAGUGUCUUUAAACUAGGGAUCUAAUCUGAAAAUUCAGUAACUAAUAUUAGGCAGUUGAUACUCCCCCACCUCCCCCAUUUAGAUACACUACUGUAUUAGUGAGAAUACUUGGUACAGUAACUUGAAAGCACUUGCUAUUCUGGAAAGAAGCCUCUUGGUGAUUUUGGAAGGAGCUUUGUUGUAAAUACUAUGGAAGGGGCUUUGUUGUAAAUACUAUGUAAUAUAUAUAAAAUAUUGUGACAGGUUUUGGAUGGGAUGCAUGACAUACAGGUAGCUCUCUUUUUUAAAAUAUAGGUAUCUCUUUGCAUAUAUAUACACAAGGAAAGUUGAAUUUUCAGGAGAGAUCAUUCUGAUAUCUUGCAAAUUUGUUUGUAUUAAAUGUAUACAGACUUCCAAGUGUGCUAAUUCUUUACCUCCUAAACUUUUAGUUGCAAUUGUUUUGCAGUGUAAAAUUGUACAUGUGUUAAUAAUCAAAAAGUGUUGCAUUUAAUGUUAUUUCUGUAAACUUUGAGCUUUGUUAAUAAACUAUUAUGCAGCAUCUACA